AUGCUCGGGCGCCGACCGCUCGCGGCCGAGGCCCACUGCAUCAAGAUCCAAGCGGCGUACCGCGGCUGGCGCGUGCGGCGGCUUGUUCUGCACGACGUGCGCGAUGCGUUCGCCCAGAUCGUUCGCGAGCUCGAGACGGACAGCUUGACGCACCUCUUGCUGCAGUGCGACGCUACAACGAUUGCGUGGCCAUCGACGCGCCUCUGCUACCCGCGCUUUACAGCAGGUCUCGUCACGUCGUGUCCUGUCCGAGCGACCACACGAGCGAUCGAGCCUCUUCACGACAUGGACGAGACGUCGCGAGAGCCAAUGGUAGAGACACCACCGGAAGCGCUGGCGGCAUCAUUGCCCGUCGAGCCACCGAUGCGGCUCAUGAAGGCGCCGCCCUAUCUGGCCGACACGUUUUCGGCCAUGACCAGCACCAUCGUCCGCGUUCGCAAAGAAGAGCCGGCCAUCGAGAGCACGCCAGUGCAUCUCGUCCACGCAUCACAACCCGCAAGCAUCUCGCCUUCUUGUGAUCGCCAACACAACAUGAAGCAAGUGGUCGAGUCGAGUUGGUCGGUCCACGCGCUUUUGCAGAUGGACCCGCUUCGCAUUCAGGACGAGCUCCAGUGGGCAAAGGAUGCCCUCCGCGAACGCAUCGAGUUUUUGCGGGCCCGGGCCGCCGCCUCUCAACUUUCUUCAUAA